AUGGUCGGUGGCACCACGGCCGGCGCCUCGUCUCCUCCGCGCGGCGCCUUGUCCUCUGAGGUUACCGUCGUCGACGACGGCGAGUCGUCUCCACUGCGGAGUCCGCAGACGUCGCCAGCCAAGAAGGUUGCGCAGGUCCUGUGUGCCGCUGCUCGCAAGCCGAAGCGGGUCGGCCCUGUGACUAGGACCGCGCUGGUCGAAGCGCGUAGGAAGAAGCGCAAGCCGGGCACGCCCGUUGCGCCGGCCCUGCCGGAGGCAACCACGUCCGAGCGGCAGCCGCCCGCCCGCACACAGCUCGAUACAGCGGCGGCGCUUCCCUCAGCAUCAACCGCGUCGCCUGCGCCUCCGUGCCCGGCCGAGUCCCCCGCCAACGGUAAGAACGAUGCCAUCUCGGCUGCAGCCCCGGCUGCAGCUGGCUCGCCCGUGCCUCCGGCAGCCACUGGUGGUGCCGGCGAUGAAGAGAGGCCCAGAGCUCCUGCGCCUUUGCCGGUCGUGAGGGUUACUGCGCCCGUGCGUCUCGCUCCCGAGCCUGCGGCGCGUGCCGCAUUCGACCUCGAGGUGUUCUGCCGCGCAUACAACCCCGCGGAGCGCGUCACAACACCUCCCUCGUUCUCGAUGCGUCUCUCCCUGGCGGAGAAGGUCGACAAGCUGGUCGAAGUAUUUGGCGAGCUGCGUCGCUCGCUGCAGCCCGCGCCGGACGGUGCCAGUUCUAUGGCCAUGCUGUCUCGCUCCCCGGCGGCGGUGCUGCCUGGCCCCGCGGGUGCUGCUAGACCUUCAACCCCUGAUGCAGGCCUUCUUCGACUGGACAGGCCCAUCACGUGGACGCUGCCGCUCCUCGGGGCCGCGGCCGUCUGCCACCUGCGCUGCUCAAGCAUCGAGGUGCCGCGUGCGAAGGUGAAAGGUGAAUACUAUCCGCCUCAAGUCCACCAGCUUGCGGCGCACCGAUUUUUCCGUGACCUCGGCUCCGAUGAAGCCAGACCACCUCCCGGCCGUCGGGACAGCCACGUCAGCAAGCCUAGCCGCGGCGCGUACCCGCGACGCGCACUCCGAUCAUGCCCGAGCACCUCCGCCGCCAGAUCCCGCGGGACCGCGAUGGUCGCGAGGCGUGCCUGCGGUUCCUGGCCGGCGGUAUGUGUUACGGGGGCAGCGCCGACCGAUGCGCCCACCACCAGCGCACGCACCGCUGGGAGGGCCGCCUGUCCCGGGAGCUUCAAGGGUUCGUCGUUCGCCACUACGGCCCGGACCGCCGCCACCAGAACGACCGCCUCCGCGGAUGAGGAGGCCGAGGUACUGCCCGUUCGUCGGUUCUCAAGCAUUGCCAAUGUUAAUACAGUCAUCCUUGGUCAUGCAAAUGAACACACUCCGUUUCCAGCCGGGCCUCUCCUCUGGCCCGCGCUGCGAUUCCGCUCUGUAUCUACGUGCAGCGGGACGCCACGGACCCCCAUGGUCCUGGCGCUAACAUCGAGCCGCCCCAUGGCGCUCACUCUCCCGUUUCGCCCAUCGGCACUCCCCGGGUCUGCCCCCGCCAACCCCGGCAGACAAGUCCAUGCCCCUCGGUACAUCCCGACCCACCUCCGCCCACUCCAUUAG